GGUAUCGAACGCUAGGUUGAUCGCUGUUACGCGGCUAUGGCGUCCAAGAGCAUUGCUUGGCGCCGCGAGUAGCGUUGCCGCGGCAGGCGAUAUUUCUCGCACCGAUGUAGCUUGGAUUGACGCAAGAUUCUUCCCUCGGUGAGAUUCCGGCGCUUGGAGCUGCAAUGGCGGGGCGGGGGCUUCGGAUGAACAGAGUCAAGCCUCUGGCCUACCGAGCGAUCGUUCCAACAAUGCUGGUGGUUCUCUUCAUCACAACCGGGGCGCUGAUCUACGGCGAGACCCCGGCAUCGUAUGCGGUGAGCGCCGAGGCGAGCGAUGCCUACCCCAGCCAUUUGCGAUUCUACAUGAAGCGCACGAUCUUGGCGCUCAGAUCGAGACAAGAUCCACUCCGGGCGAGGGCGGAGAGUCUUGUCAAGCAAGCGAAGGAUCAGCUGGCGGUGGUGAAUGCCUACGCCGCGUACGCGAGGCGAGGCAAGCUUGAUGUGGCGAGACAGGUGAGAAUCUUCACGGAUCAGGCCAGGAACUACACGGAGUUACUGGCGAGGCCAGAGAACCGGGGUUUGAUAGAUAGCAAUGGCGGCGCAGUGGAUCCGGAAGCUCUCAGGGCCUUCGAGAGGGAUUUGAGGGAGAGAUUGCGGGUGACGCGGCAACUCAUGAUGGAUUCCAAGGAGCUCUUUGACAACCAGCUCAAGAUCCAGAAGCUUAAGGACACCAUCUUCCAGGUGAACGAGCAGCUCACGAGAGCCAAGAAGCAGGGAGCUUUCGCGAGCCUCAUUGCUGCCAAGUCAGUGCCCAAGAGCUUGCAUUGCCUGACGAUGAGGCUCAUGGAGGAGAGAGUUUCACAUCCGGAGCGCUACGUUGAUGGUCCGGAGCCUGCCCCCGAGCUGGAAGAUCCAUCGCUGUUCCACUAUGCGAUCUUUUCGGACAACGUGAUCGCGGCGUCGGUGGUGGUGAACUCAGCCGUGAAGCAUGCUCGAGAGCCCGAGAAGCACGUAUUUCACGUGGUGACGGAUAAGAUGAACUUGGGAGCCAUGAAAGUGUGGUUUACGAUGAGAAAGCCGGAGAAAGCUCACAUCGAAGUGAAGGCCGUGGAGGACUACAAGUUUCUCAACUCGUCCUACGUACCGGUGCUCAAGCAGCUCGAGUCGGCCAACUUGCAGCGCUUCUACUUUGAGAACAAGAUGGAGAACGCGACCAAGGACGCGACCAAUAUGAAGUUUCGCAACCCGAAGUAUCUGUCGAUGCUCAACCAUCUCCGCUUCUACUUGCCGGAGAUGUAUCCCAAGCUGGACAGGAUACUCUUCCUCGACGACGACGUGGUGGUGCAGAAGGAUCUGACAGGGCUGUGGGAGAUCGACAUGGACGGGAAGGUGAAUGGAGCGGUGGAGACGUGCUUUGGUUCCUUCCACAGAUAUGACAAGUACAUGAACUUCUCGCACCCUCUCAUCGCGUCCCGAUUCAAUCCCAAGGCUUGUGGCUGGGCAUACGGGAUGAAUUUCUUCGACUUGAAUGCUUGGAGGCGAGAGAAGUGCACCGAAGAGUAUCAUUACUGGCAAUCCAAGAAUGAGAACCGCAGUCUUUGGAAGCUUGGAACCCUGCCGCCGGGGCUCAUCACCUUCUACAAGACGACCAAGCCUCUGGACAAAUCGUGGCACGUCCUGGGCCUGGGAUACAACCCGAGCAUCAGCUUGGAGAAGAUCAGGAGCGCAGCGGUGAUUCACUUCAACGGGAAUAUGAAGCCGUGGCUGGAUCUAGCCAUGAACCAGUACCGGGAGUUUUGGACGAGGUACGUGGAUUACGACAUGGAAUUAGUUCAGAUGUGCAACUUUGGACACUGAAGAAGCAGCAGUGAGCUCUUCAGCUGUCUUAUCGACCAUGCGGCGUUUCUAUGUAGCUAAGUAUGCUAACACUUCACACCAUUUUUUGAGGCGUAUAAAGAUGAUAUCUGUGAAUCGUGUCGGCUUAUAUAUGUAUAUUGUGUUUCUCCAGUUUUCUUUGUCCAGGAAACAAUCUCUUGACUUCUCGAGCCUUCGCGCACUAGUGAAGAAGGAAAUGGAAGAAUUGGAAUUCCUGUGGAUCCAAUUGCUUCACGUUUGCGGCAAGUGGAACAAAGUGGAAAAACUCGACCACCAGAGGUCUAGCCUUAGAUUAGCUUUAUAAUUGUCGGAUUCAGGAAAGCCUUUAACGUAGUUUGGGAUGGCGAUGAAGCUGCUCUGGGAGGUGGAGUUCUGGCAUUGGUAUGGGCCUAGCGAUGCUUGUCCAAGUUCGAAAGUUCUAGAGUUUUGUUUUUCGAGUCAAGAUGUUGACGAUGAAGAAUCAAGGACAUUUUUUAAUCUUCUUCGAUGCUCAAGCGUGGGUUUGGUGAUCAGGACAGGACUGAUUGGUGCAUAAAAUAUUCUCUUUGGUUUGUUUUAACAGCGUCUUCUGACUGGGAAAGCGACGGCAAAACAUCGACCAUCUUCGGUGAUACAUUCUUUUACAAGAUCACCUUUCGAACUUUCGUCUUCUCAGCCUUGGAUUCCGCAUCUAUCUAGAGCAUUCGGCAUGCAUGAACAGAAUUCGCGAGCUUCUUCCCAUCAGACAAACUCUGACGAUUUGAGCACGCAGCACGCAGCUUUAUUCCCUGUUUGUUGAGCGGCAGCUUUCAUCGUUGGAGCAAAACUCUCAAGACAUUCAACCGCACGCCAACUCAAACGCAGCAAGGAUCAAUCAUGUUUGGAAUUUUCCAGAGGUUCGCUUGAUCUCUCCUUCUUUUCUUACACACGUCCUCUUAUAGUUUUCGUAAGAAGCUUCUUCUUCCAUUCAUUCAUUCAUCACUCGAUCCAUCUUCAGCCAGCCAGCAUUAUUGGAUAGAACUCUCGGAUGGAUGAGCUAGGAGAAGAAUAUGUGGCUGGGAGGAUGCGACAAACGACACCCGCAAGAGCUGUUAAAGGCCGCGCCAAACGAAGAAGCUGGCUGGUCUUCUUUUGAUCGUUCGUCUGCCAAUCCUCCAAGAGCUAAGAAUUGGACACUCCAACUUAUUUCGCGUUCGUUAGUGCAUCGCAUUUGGAAGAGUUCCUUUUAUCGGCAACGCUCGCGAGCGAGACGUAUUCACUGGGCAGUGAUGGACAGCUACAGUUACUCUGUGCGAGAAAAGAUCACAGGAAAAAAGAGAGAGAGCUCUCCGGACAACAGGUAGUCUCGAAUCCAAACAAAUUUUGCUGAUGGAAUCAGGGAGAGGAUAAUGCUGCUGACUUUGAGGAAGAAUCACACCAAAACUGUGGCACUCUUCUUCUUCACGCAAAGUUGACGAGCGAGCAAGCGAGCGAGAGUGUGCGUGCCAUCGAAUCCUCCUCUGGUUGCUGCUGCCACUCUCUCCCAAUGCGUGACGAAAGAAAGGUCCACAAUCAUAGAGACGACUCCUGCGAUUGCCUCCCAAUAAAAGUUUGUAACCAUAGCCAUCAAUCAGCGCCAAGUACAAUACUAGAAUUAAUUGAUUGAGCUCC